GCCGCUGCCUGCCUGUACUGCUAGGGCUCGCGGGGGGCAAGCGCAGGGCGGAGAGCCCCGCGUCCAGCAGGACGCUGCCGUGGACGCGCCGCACCGCUGCGAGGCCUGCGCGGCAGCCUUCAUGACGGCGGCCCUCCUCCGGGCACACAUGCUGACCCAUGGCGCCGAUGAACUGGACAGCGGUGACCUCUGCGGCGUCAGUCCAGCGGAGAGUGCUGACCUCCGUAGGCACACGAGGACUCACACAGGUGAUACACCCAACCACUGCCAGACUUGCGGAAAAAAAUUCUCUAACCUUCGCAACCUCCGUGUGCACAUGAGGACGCACACGGGUGAGAAACCCUACAAAUGCCAGACUUGCGGUAAAGGAUUCACUCACAGUGGCAAUCUCCAUGUGCACCUGAGAAUUCACACGGGUGAUAGACCCUACAAAUGCCAGGCUUGCGGCAAAGGAUUUUCUCAACUCGCCAACGUCGGUAGACACAUGAGGACGCACACGGGUGAGAAACCCUACAAAUGCCAGACUUGCGGUAAAGGAUUCACUCACAGUGGCAAUCUCCAUGUGCACAUGAGGACUCACACCGGUGAAAGACCCCACAGCUGCCAGACUUGCGGCAAGGGGUUUGCCAACAGUAGCAAUCUCCGUGUACACAUGAGGAUACACACAGGUGAGAAACCCGACAAGUGCUAGACUUGCGGCAAAGGAUUUUCUCAACUCGCCAACGUCGGUAGACACAUGAUGACUCACACGGGUAACAAACCCUACAAGUGCCAGACUUGCGGCAAAGGAUUUUCUCAACUUGCCAACGUCGGUCGACACAUGAUGAUGACUCACACUGGUGAUUGGUGAUAGACCCUAUUAUAAUGGCCAGGCUUGUGGUGCUUAUUUCAACACCAGUUUUUCUAUCGACAGACACAUGAGUAUACUGUAUAGCCAGACCUGUGGAAUUAGCCUACAGUUCACAUAUGCACUUAAGUACUAACACAGGCGACGACCUCUUUGAUUGCAAGACUUGUGGUGAAGGUUUUCCUGACUAUUCCUAUCUUUGCAAACUUGUGAAGAUACACUGGUGUGAAAUCUUUCAUGUGUCAGUCCUGCAGCGCAACUAUAAUAAGAGUGA